AUUUAAUUUCUAAAGGAUUUUAACUGCACAUACAACAAAAAGGAGCUAAAGAAGGUACCAAAAAAGGGUGCAGAUUUUGAGUUCCUUCCACAAACAUCAAAGAACAAAGAAGAGAGCAAACAAAGAUUUAGGUCAUUGAAUCCUGAAAAUUGGGCACAUUAGAAAAAUGACAUGGCCUGAUAGUGAUAAAGAAACAACAACUACCCUCAAGAUUAUUUCAGCUGCCAAUAAGGAAAAUAAUAAUAAUAUUGUUGCAAAUUCGAAAGGUUACAAAAAUCGGACUAUAGUCUGCCCUUCAUGCGGCCACGCAAUAAAACUCCAAGAUCAGGCCGGGCUUCAAAAUUUACCGGGCUUACCGGCCGGGGUGAAGUUCGAUCCAUCUGAUCAAGAAAUUCUUCAGCAUUUAGAGGCAAAAGUGCUUUCUGAUAAAAGGAAACUUCAUCCUCUUAUUGAUGAAUUUAUCCCAACUAUUGAGGGUGAAAAUGGUAUUUGUUACACUCAUCCUGAGAAGUUACCAGGUGUAAGCAAAGAAGGGCAAAUUCGUCAUUUUUUCCACCGGCCUUCCAAGGCCUACACGACCGGCACGCGCAAACGCCGCAAGGUCCACACAGACGAUGAUGAUGAAGGCGAGACCCGGUGGCACAAAACGGGCAAAACCCGACCCAUCUCAGCUUUAUCCGGUACCAUCAACGGAUACAAAAAAAUCCUAGUCCUCUACACAAACUACGGUCGACAAAAAAAACCCGAAAAGACCAAUUGGGUCAUGCACCAAUACCACUUGGGCGACAACGAGGAUGAGAAAGACGGCGAAUUAGUGGUCUCGAAAGUCUUCUACCAAACGCAGCCCAGACAGUGCGCGAAGGAGGGGCGUUUUGGGAAAUUGAGAGGCUCGACUAAUAACAAGGCGUCUAACGAGGGAACGUUGGUGAAGAAUAAUGCGGGUUUCGUGGAGUAUUACGAUCAUCAGCCGUUUAUUUCGUACGGGCCGAAUGUUGAGGGCGAAGGCCCACCUCCGUUGAUCUCGAAUAUGGUCGUUCAUGGUGGUGGACCAUCUUUCUUGCAACCAAGGGCAAAUUAGGUAGUUAACAACUGGUGUGUGGUAGAGGAAAGUGAAAAAUAAGUUCAAAGGUUGGUGAGGAAAGUGAAAAAGAAUAAAAUGGGCAAUUGAUAGUAAAUAUAUAAUUUUUUUGUUUUCUGCAAAAUUGUAAACGUAGUAUCAUAGUGUUGCAAUUGCACAUAGGCCAAAGUCCGCAUCUUGUGGUCACUCUUCUUCAAUAAUUUAAAUUUAAUACGAUUGACAUAUUUAUCUUGA